AUGAAUACACUGCUGUCGCGCACUGAACUUAUCACCGUUCUGGAAAAGAUAAUCAUCACCCAAAAUGAAGGAGAAUGGACCAUUCUGAAAUCUCUUGUCCAGCCAACUGUUUUAAUCAACGGCGACUCUCAGCAACGCAGUGAAUUCAUUGCCGACUCAAGAUCCCAUGCCCAGAGUGGCAUUUCAUCGAAACUCGACAGUUAUGUUGUAGACACCAACGCCCAGGCCAUUGCUGCCAGGAUCAUCAAGAGCGAAACAGCCUCUUCGACUGAGGAAUCCCAGUACCAAGAAAUCAUCCUGGCCUGGUUUGUCAACGGCCGUUUAUCGAACCUCAAAAGACUGAGAGACAACGACGCUCGAAGGGCCAAGCAAACUUCAGUAACGGCAACGUCUCCACUGCUACAGGAAGCGAAACCCACGUCCAUUGACCUUGACGCUCUGUACCGCGCCUACAUCAAGAGCAUCAAUGAUCAAACAAUGGAAGCCAACUUUGAGACCUUUUGCAAGCCAGUAGUGUCGCAUAACGCCGUGGAAAAGACCGUUGCGGAGUAUAUCGCCCUGAUCCAGGAGAGUCAGAGUGCGAUCCAGGGCUUGUACUUUGAGAUACAGGAUCUGAUAGUCGAUAGUGACUCGGGGAGGGUAGCUGCUCGGUUGGAGUUUACGGGAGUCCCGGUUAAGCGCUGGGCCGACGCGGAUGCUACAGGGGAUAGUGUGAAGUUUCAUGAGCAUGUCAUGUACUGGUUUGAUGAGGGACGGAUGCACUGGGUUUGGUCUAUUGUUGACUUGGAUGCGUAUCGAAAGCAACUCCAUGUAAAAAUUUGA